AUGGUCUUGCAAGGCCAGUCAAGGAUUGUCAUAAGUGGCGCUGGACAAGGCAUCGGACGAGCUCUUGCCCGUCACUUCGCUUCGGGUGGCCACAAGAUCUUUAUCCUUGAUCUCAACGAAGACAAUGUUCGACACACCGCCGAGGUUCAUCUGAAAGAGUAUGCCGACCGCGUUGGCUGGUCAGCCUGCAAUCUGCGUUCUGUCGAUGAGAUCCGCUCAACUGUCGAGAAAGCCGUGAAGUUCCUGGACAACCGCAUCGACUACCUCAUCAACAAUGCCGGCAUUUCGUAUCCAUACUGGCCUGACGGCAAGACCAUGGAAGACCCCUCGGUCCUGGACAAGUGGAAUGCUUACGUCGAAACCAACCUUACUGGGCCCUUCGCCAUGUCACAGGCUUGCCUUCCCUACAUGAAGGUCAAGAGGCAGGAGGACAAGCAGAAGCUCCCCGACUCAAAAGUUGGUACUGCUGGCCCGUGCAUCAUCCAUAUGAGCAGCUUCCGUGCCAUGAUCUCUGAUCCCAACCAGGAGGGUUAUGCUUCGACCAAGGCUGCUCUGCUAGGUCUCACCCAGAGCAUGGCGGUCUCGCUCCAGAGCUUCGGAGUCCGCGUCAACAUGGUCUCACCAGGUCGUAUCAAGGUCACGCAUGAGAAUCAAGACGCAGACGAGAGCGGGACGGAAUGGAAAGCCGAAGAAGAUGACAUCGAAACCCAUCCUGCCAAUCGAGCGGGACUACCGGAGGAUAUUACUGAAGCCUGCGAGUACUUGAUGGGAGCCGGAUUUGUCACUGGCCAGAAUCUGGUUGUCGAUGGUGGUGUCAGUAAGGUGAAGGGGAAGGCCUAG